AUGACAACAUUACAAAAAAAAACAGAUCCACAUCAACUUCAUGAUGCCGCCAAACCCUUGAAUUUAACAAACCCGGUAAGGCUUGCGUUUCUUGGUGGGUCCAAAUCAGGCAAAACGUCGAUUAUCUCCAAACUAAUUUUGGGAAAUUUUAAUGACACUUACUAUCCAACCACAUACCUCAACCCAAACUUGUUCAACUACGAGCCAUCAUCUGAAAGGGCUAAGGAUAUAUUACGAGGGAAACCAUUGACAUCAAAUUCACAUUUGACUUUACCACCAAGCAUACGGAAUAGUAAUGUGCCAACUACAGGUAAGAACAUCUUUUCGAAAAAUCAAUACUACAGCACAUCACUAUCUGUGAUUACUCCGAUACUAGUUGAACUUAUAGACACUCCGGGAUACAACCCUGACAAAACCGUUCCGUAUCUUGAAGCAUCGCUUUACACAAAUUUGGAUCGAGACGUAUUGCACAACCUUGCCAAUGAACCACGACGACCAGUGUCCACAAGUCCUCUUUUGGUGGCUAGCGGAGCUAGUGAAUUGAAUGGAGACGUUAAUGGCUACUUUUUUGUCUACAGUGCAAUACCAAGCUUUGCACCACCAAAAUACAAUGACGAUCAAAGUGGUGGUGGUGAACUACCAAAAAAUCAUACAUUCAACCUCUUGCCCUCAAUCAAAGCAGCACUUAAUGAUGCGUGGGAAGAGUACAUUUCAUUCAAAGAAAAUUGGAAAAAAGGUCAAGAAGAUGAUGUCUUUUCAUUCAAGAGUGCCUUAAAAAGUUUUUGGAAAACAACCAAUGAUGCCACCACCAAUGCAUCUGCUGGGCAGCAAGCAACAACCACAACUGCAACUGCCAGAUCUCCUCCAAUUUGGAUCAUCUGUACUCAUGUCAAUAGUGACUUGGCUUCAGAUCAAUUGGUUUUAGAGGGUAGGAAAUUAAGCCAAGAGUGGGAUUGUGGAUUCAUUGCCCUUGAUUGUUUGGAUGACAUUGACGAAGUCUUGUCAUUGAUGAUAAGAGAUAUAAUACAAGGGAAAAAACGGUAA